AUGGGUGAAUCACGAAUUGUAUGUGAGGGCUAUUUGGGACAAUUGAGGGCUUUGUCGGCCAUUGGUUUGGGUGGAUAUGGUUUGGGUGGCAAUGGUUUGGGCCACGGGUUAGGUUUGGGCAGUGGUUUUGGCUAUGGUUUGGGCACUUGUUUGGGUGUACGGCUGGGCGCACACGGAUUAGGGCUAAUGAAUUGGGGCCGGAAUUCUAAAGGCAUUCAGGACCAUUGUUACCACGUGCACGAUAUUGUGGCAAAAGGUGGGGCCAACAAUAAAAUGGUGGCCACAGAUUUAGCAUGCACACUUUACCAAAACGACUUAUCAUACUGCAAAAGGCCUACAAUCGCACCCACUGUCAGUCAACAAUUUGAACCGUCAGAUGACCAUGGUGGUGAUCAACCGACAAUUACCCACAUUACAAUUGAGGACACAUGUAUCCAAUUGCACCAAGGCCAGGCUGGUGGCCGGCCACUCGAUCAAAUAAGGGCCGCUGACUUAGCAUGCUCACUUUAUGAACAUGAUGCAUCCUACUGUAAUCGAAACUCAAUGUCAACUAUAUCGGUCACGCCUAGCAAAGCCAUAUCAGCUGACAAUAAUAAUACAAAUUCAUCUAAUACUAAAAACGGCUUUUUAAAUGACCACACUUCAUUAAUAGCUAUUAUUAGUAUAUCCCUAUUGGUCCUAAUAAUAGCAAUCUUGGCCUUUGUAUUUAGACAACGCUUGCGUAGACUACCCACAAAACCCGGAGCCCGUGGUCACUUUAUUGAGAACCCUGAGAUUAGUACACCAUUCAUAGAUGUGCAUGGUAACGUGAACCAAGAAGCAAGUGAUAUGAUAGAGGCAAAUAGAACCACCACCAAUUUACCAAAUAGUGUACAUAAUAAUGUACCAAGUCAAUCUAUACCGUACAAUCCAGCACUUGCUGCACCACAACCCGUGGCGCCUACAAGUAAUAAUAAUAGCGAUAAUAAUGGCAUACUUAACCAUGAUACGCAUAAUAAUAUCGUUCAGCCAGUUGUACCACAAGAAGUACCCAAUACGUCUAGAAGGGUUAUUAAUACGGCACAAAAUAACCCUAAUAACAUUAAUAGUCUAACGGGAUUCCCUGACCCGACCCAAUCACACAAUCCUACAAAUGGUUGGGGUGACCAUGGUGCUAAUUUUACAAAUGUUAUUAGAAUUGCCCAAGGUGCUUACGGUUAUGUGUAUAAGGCUACUAGUCUGGUAGAUAAAGUAGAGUACGCCAUUAAAAUAAUUUACACGUCGGAUACUUAUAUGACCGAGAUCAAUGCCCUGCGUCAACUGACAAGUGACUACGUGGUAAAGCUUAUUGCGCAUUGGGAGCAUAAUGGGCACGCAUUUAUUCAGAUGCAAUAUUGUCCCUACAACCUAGCUCAAAUUAUUCAACUAAUGGACAACACAUUCGGUAGAAUACCGGCCAAUUUAAACCCCGCACUCGUCCAACGGGUCCGGCGUUACAUCGGGUGCGAGAUGUUCAUAGAGCUGCUCCGAGGGCUACACUUCAUGCACACCCGUCAGCCGCCAUACAUGCACAGAGACCUAAAGGCCAAGAAUAUUCUGUUCGACCCGAACGCAGGCAGCUCUGGUAUAUUUAGCAAACUGUGUGACCUGGGUCAGGCCAUCACGUGCCGGACCGGCGAGGUUGGUAGUACGGUUGUGGGCCCGCCCGGUGUUGGGACGCGGGGCACAAUGGCACCCGAGACACACGAUGGUCACUAUAAGCGCGCCGGUGAUGUUUAUAGUCUCGGAGCAUUCCAAAUGAUGAUUACUUGGAGCAAACGAGACACAUGAUUAUCAUGAUGAUCAAUACUCAAUAUGCUAGUCGCCCGACAACAACACAAUUAAUCAACGCAAUGGAGAACAAUCAGAUUGAUCUUGAGCAUAAUAAUGAAUUGAACGAGCUCGUUGAAACAUUAAAGAACAAUAAUAAUAAGUGUUUAUUUAAGUUUUUGAAC